AUGCUGGAAACUACUUCCAAAAGGGGAUCUGUAGUAUUGAAACCAAGCGCAAUUGUCCAUUACAAUAACUUUAUGCCGGGCAUAGAUCUUCAAGAUCAGAUGCUCGCUUAUUACCCAGUCCAAAGAAAGACGCUGCGCUGGUACAAGAAGCUGUUUGUUCAUAUGCUGCAAAUGAGCCUCAGUAAUGCAAUGUACUUGUACAACAAAUUUUCGGCGACUAAUAAAAUGAAUCUGUACGAUUUCCGUUUGAGCAUACUGGAAAGGCUUCUACCUGAUCCUCGUGAUGUCAAUCAACGCAAUGUUUUGAAAGUGAAACAUCAACUCACCAAAAUAGAAAAGACCCGAGUGAGACAAAAGAAGGUAGGAAGAGUCAUGAAGGAAACCACCGAAAUGGCCCGAAAGGAAUGCAAAGGCUGCAAAGCCCAGAAAAGGAGAGUGCAAACCAUUUACGAAUGUAAGCAAUGUGAAGGUUCUCCAGGCUUCUGUACACAAUGUUUCUGUCAGGCACAUUCCUAA